AAUAGCGCCGCAGCCGCCCCUCUGUAGCCAAUGGAAAUUCUACAUGCUAACAUGAGUGACAGCCCCUAAUACCCAAUCGGAAGGACGCCAUAGAAGUGCCCAGGAGAGUACAGUUACCGCAGGAAGAGAACAGGACAAGAUGCCUUUCUAGGCCACAUGAAAUUGCUAUCAAUGAAGAAACACUUAUGAUGAAAAGGCUGGAGUGGACCUUGUGCUUGAGGAUAUAUGUUUUAAGACAAAAUCUAAAGAUGCAAUAGAAAAGGAACAAACUAAAAGAGAAAAUGGAGAGGGCUACUGUCUCCUCCGUUCAGAUGAAAAAUCUGCUAUCAACUACUGAGGAAACGCCUUAUGAAAAUUACUUCUCGUAUAAGGAUAAUCUUAUUGGAUCUCUGCUGGCUAUAUUUGGACACCUUAUUAUUAGUAUUGGACUCAACCUACAGAAAUACAGCCAUGUGCGGUUGUCUGGAUCCAAAGACCCUCGUUCGUACUUUAAAACGAAGACAUGGUGGCUUGGUCUGUUUUUGAUUUUAUUGGGCGAGACAGCAGUGUUUUCAUCCUAUGCCUUUGCCCCUUUGUCUCUUAUUGUGCCUCUCAGUGCUGUCUCUCUCAUAGCAAGCUCAAUUAUAGGCAUUAUAUUUAUUAAAGAAAAGUGGAAACCUAAGGAAUUCCUAAGACGUUAUAUCUUGUCCUUUAUAGGUUGUGGUUUAGCUGUCGUUGGCACGUACCUGCUGAUAACGUUUGGGCCCAACAGCCAUGAGAAGAUGAAUGGAGAGAACAUCGUAAGACAUUUAGUAAGCUGGCCAUUCUUGCUGUACAUGCUGGUAGAAAUUCUUGCUUUCUGUUCCUUGCUUUAUUACUACAAACAGAAGAAUGCAAACUAUUUGCUCAUCAUUUUAAUGCUGGUUGCGCUGUUAGGGUCCACAACAGUUAUCACAGUGAAGGCACUCGCUGGUAUGAUCCUUGUCUCUAUUCAGGGCACCAUGCAACUGGGAUAUCCCAUAUUCUACAUUAUGUUUGUGUGUAUGGUUGCUACUGCUAUUGCACAAGCAUCAUUUCUGUCCCAAGCAUCCCAAUUGUAUGAUUCUGCACUGAUUGCAAGUGUUAACUACAUCGUGUCUACGACUGUUUCUAUAUCUGCAGGAGCAGUAUUCUACAUAGACUUCCGUAAUGAAGAUGUGCUACAUCUCUGUAUGUUUGCAUUGGGGUGCCUUAUUGCAUUUAUGGGAGUCUUCCUCAUUACCAGGAACAGAAAGAAGACCAAAGCUUUUGAACCAUAUGUUGCCAUCAAUUCUAUGCCAGGUGGGAUCAACAUGCAUGAUACUGGUAGCACAAUCCAACCAGAUUUUGGAAGCUCAUUUUCCUAUGGCGCUCUGCAAAGCAAUGACAGUUUAUCAGAAAUCUAUACGCCAGCCACUCUUCCUGUUGUGUCAGAAGAAGCAUCACCGGCACAAGCUUAUAAAGUCUUAGAACACAAUAAGAAUGAAUAGGCUUCAUUACUAAAAGACUGGACAAGCAUUCACAUGAAGUCAUUCUAUUGUCCCCGUGUAUAUACAGAAUUUCAACCAUAAUGUCAGAUACUUAGAGACAACUUACAAUGUAAAAAAAAAAUUAAGUAUCUAUGUGGUCAAUUUUGUUCCGUUUAGCUCUACCUCCUUGGAAUUCAUUGAAGAUUCAUGUAUAAAACUUAAUUUAGUAAACAUUUAACUUAUAUUUUAUUUUCACCUUUUGAACAAGUGUUAAGUGAAAAAAAUAUUAAAGAACAUUUUAUGCUGGUAAUGAUGUGUGGUGUUGGC